AUGUMGACGAAACAAGAUGUCGAAUUCAAAACGGUCGAUGGCCUCACACUUCGUGGCCGACUAUACGCAACUUCCUCUCGCGCACCAGCCGUGGUCAUCACUCCCGGAUUCAAUUGUGUCAAAGAGAUGUUCGUGCCCGAUGUGGCAGAGUUCUUCCACAAUUCCGGAUUCAAUGCUUUGAUCUACGAUCCCCGCACACUAGGCGAAAGUGAAGGACUGCCACGAAACGACAUUGACCCAAUCAAACAGAUGUCUGACUACUCAGACGCCCUGUCGUUCCUCGCAGCUCAGCCGUCGGUCGACUCGUCCAAGAUGGCUUUCUGGGGCAUGUCAUUCUCUGCUACAGUGGCACUGUGCGCUGCGGCUCUCGACAAUCGAGCAAAGUGUUGUGUUGCUAUUUGCCCGCUACUGGGUUUCGAAUACACUCCACAAAAGCUCCCCCAAGUUCUUGCCAAGAGUAUGCAAGAUCGCAGCUCUCAGACCGUCGGAGGCAAUGCGCCUUCUUUUCUGCCAGUCUUGACAAACGAGGGGAAGAAUCCAGCGGGGUUAGGCUUCCAGACCAGUGCCGACGAGCUGGACUACAUGUUGAACGCAAAGUCACGGGGAGCCCCCAACUACGAGAACAGAACUACCCUCCAAACCUACUACAAGCUGGUUGUGUGGAAACCUCAUGCUGUUAUGAAGCAUUUACACAAUCCUUGCACAUCUACCAUGGUCAUAAUACCGGAGCUGGAUACCAUUUCACCGCCUGAGGGACAGCUUGCACUGUUUGAGACUUUCCCGGAGCCAAAGCAGAAGCAUGUGGCGCCUGGAAAGGGUCACUUGAACGUACUGAGCGGCGAAGACUUUCCGAUCUUGAUGGGGAUGCAAGUUCAGUGGCUCAAAGAAUCCCUCGGCGUGGAGUAG